UAUUUUGUUUUUAACCUAAAAAUAUGUGUAGCAAAUUUGAAAUUGGCUUUUCAUUAUUUAGUCAAAGAGUUGAAUUUUAUCUGUAACUUGAUAUAGAGUAAUGAAACUCAAAACAAUUUUAACUCUCUUGAAUCAACCAAACUCUCAAGUUAGACAUUUUUCAUACAAAAAUGUAUUGACUUGGUACUCCAGCCUAGUGAAACCGAAGCCUCCAACACCACCUUAUAAGCAUAUUACACAAAUAGGAGAUCCUUGCUUGAGAUUGAUAUCGAAACCGGUGACUCCAGAAGCUAUUGAAACAGAAGAAAUACAGAAAUUAAUCGCCUACUUGAAACAUGUCUGUAGGAAAUAUGAUUGCCAUGGACUAUCAGCUCCACAAAUAGGUGUACCAUUAAGAAUUUUCACCAUUGGAUUGACUCAGAAAGCUCUGAAGACUGAUUUCACGGAAAAGGAAAUAGCUAUCAAAAAUAUCCAAGCUAUCGAGCCUCUGGUAGUUAUCAAUCCCGAAAUGAAAAUAUCUGAUUAUAAGACGGUAGUUUUGGAAGAAUCUUGCGAAAGUAUAAAGGGAUUUCAGGCUGAUGUUCCAAGAUAUCUUUCUUUAGAACUGACAGGUCUUGAUGAAUUUGGUGAAAACAUAUCUAUGAAUGCCAAAGGAUUCACAGCGAGAAUUAUACAGCAUGAAAUGGAUCAUCUUGAUGGCAAACUUUACACAGAUAUUAUGAAUAAAAAAACAUUGUGUUGCCCCAAUUGGCAAAUAGUUAAUGAAAGAUGUGGAAAAGUUGAACUACCAUACGGACCCUAUAAAUAAAAUAUUGAAGACAGUAGAGAAAUAAUUUAUUAUUCAAUAUCCAAUGUUCCUGAAUACAAUAAAAAAUUGGCGAUUUCAUGUCCCACAUCGUGAAGUUGUUAAAUAAAAAUUAGUGUACUUAA